ACAGUGAUAACGAUAUUCGAUGUACACAUCACUACAAAAUACUUGGACGAGUAUGUCGGCUAAAGAAGUCGUAUACUCGAAGUUAAGUAGUGAUGUAAAUACUAAAUAUUGAUAGUUAUUAGUUUAACGUUUGCAAGUUUUUGGUGCAAGUUAUUUAUGUUCGUGUUUUUCUAGUCAUUCUGUCAUGACGAGUGUAUUUUUUUACCGUGUUAAAUUAUUUAAUCAAAGUUCGUGGCCCUCAAUUAUAACUAUUUUAUAAAGAGGCGAGUUUUGUAAUCGCAAUGAGCUGGUUUAAUCAGUUCGACACCUCUGGAUUCGCUAGUUUAGCGAAAACAGCGUUGAAAGAAGCCCAAAAAACCAUCGACAAAGCGUUGGAUAUCAAAGACGAAGAUGAUGGUGAUGAAGCGUCUGCGACCAAUCCACCAUCAGAAGUGGGCGAUAAUGAUUCUUCACAAAAAAUAUCCAAACUAGGUUCUAGUCUGUGGAGUUCAUUUACAAACUCGGUAUUCGAAAGUGAAGAUGAUCCUGCAGAGAAACAAAAUGAAAUGAGAUCAAGCAUGUCAUUGGAUUUAUCUUCAGUCGUCGCCAACCAACCAGCUCGCUCCUCUUCUGGACCAACAUCGACCACACGAGAUGAUCAAUUUAAUGUCAUCGAACUCGAUUCUGAGCCAAAUGUUGAUGUUGUUCACAGAACUCGCCGUGAAAGUUGUAGCAAUGCUAAUCGCCUCUCUGCAGUAAGUUGUGAUAGUGAUCGAAAGUCUACAAUUUCUACUGAUAGUGUUGAAGUACUUGGAUCUACUUCCACUACCACACCAGAAUCAUCCGUAGAAGUCAUUACGUCCAGUUCAGUAGAAGUAUUAGCUGUUGUAUCCGAGCCAAACAGGACAAAUGAAAAACAAUAUUCCCCCGAUGCUAUUGAACCAAUACCAGAGCUAGUUGAAGAUGAAGACAGCCUUACUUGUUCAAUAUCAGAUAACGUAACGUGUAUGCCUAACGAAGAGACUAUUUUACCACAUCAUGCAGAAAUGCUAAUGCUUAAAUCAACAACAUCGUCAUUAGACAUUUCCUUAACUGAUUUAUCAUCGCCUCAUGAAAAUUCUGGCGCAUUAAAUGUAUUAGAAGAAGAAACUACAGAAUCGAUGAGCAAUCAAAACACUCUACAACCUCAAGACACGUCUGUUAAAACAACAGACGAUAAAACAAAUACUCAAAGCCCUUCAAAUACUUUGAAUCUUAGUAGUUCAACGACUGAUUUGUUGAAAUUAUCGGAUACGACUUUAGAAAGUAGCAGUUGCGACGAUGAAACUAUGGUUGGUAGUGCAUUAGAUGAAGUGGAAACAGCAGGCUCUGGGGAUGAUGUACGUGAACAAUCUCCUCAUGUUUCUGUUGACAACCACUCGGAUUUUGUAAAAAUUGGUUCGAGUGGAACUAAUUCUUGUGAUGAACUCGAAACAUGGACGUCAUCAGAUAUUGAAGUCAUAUCAAGUCCUGCGACUAACGAAGAUAGUGAAAGUAACGCCUCGCAUCGUCAUAGUCCUGUUAAAUACCAACCGUAUAAUUUAUCGUCUUAUGUAUCAGGACACCAACAAGGGGCCAAAGAUUUUGAAGAUCUUCAAAAAAAAGUCGUUGAACUCAAUUCCAUAGUCAAAGCUAGAGAAUCGAAAUUAAUUGAUUUAAGUAAAAAAAAUGCUGAAUUAGCUGCUAGCAACUCUGAUAUGAAAAGCCAAAUAGAUUAUUUAAAUUCGAGUCAUUUAAACGAAGAAUACACACAAAGAUUAGCAACAAUGGAAAAGAAAUUUCAACAAGCGAUUAGGGAGAAAGAUCAGUUACAAAAACAACUAGAUCAAAACAAAAAUUCCGCUCAAUUUAAAAACUUGAUCGAAGACAAAGAUACUUUAAUUAAAGAACUACGAGAUGAAGGUGAAAAACUAAGUAUACAACACCUAAAUUUGAACAACAUAAUAAAAAAACUUAGAGCAGCCGAAAAAGAAUCGCAAAAAUCUAUAAACAAGUACAAAGAACAACAAGAAAAAUCAUUUCAGGAAUUAGAAAGGAUAAAAAAAUCAUUGGUAGCCAAAGAAGAAAUGGAGAGAAGUCAAAUUGAAGCGAUUCAUCAAUUGACAAAGACUAACCAAAAUGUUGAAAAAGAAAAUAUAAGUUUACAAAGUCAAGUAGAUAAUUUGACUUCAACACUUGUAUCACUACAAAAAAAUAUUCAGGAUAAAGAAAAUAUAAUAAUAGAAUUAAAAAAAAGUGCUAAAGAAUUAAAACUUUUGGAAGACAAUAAACAAAAUGUAGAAGAUAAGUUAGCCGAAAAAAAUAUACAAUGUGAACAAAUGGAUACUGUAAUAAGUAAUUUAAAAUCAAACUUGUAUAAGAUUGAAGAAAAUAAACACAUGGUUAUGAAAGAGUUAAAACAGGAAAAUCUCUCGUUAAUAAGAAGACUGGAAGAAUCUGAAAGAAAGUUACAAAAUUCAUUACAAGAGACUUUUAGAACUACUCAACCGCUUGUAAAAGAACUAGAGGAAAAGUCAAACGUCUUAAAAGCAUUAGAGAGUGAUUUCGAAAAACGAGAACAGUUGCAGCUGAAAACUAUAGGUGAUUUGCAAGCGACAUUGGAAAUCUCCGAACAUAAAUUCAAAAUGAUGGACGCUAAAAUUAAUGAAGCCAAUGUUUCUAUUAAAAAGUACAAGGAACGAAUCGAAAACCUAAUAGGAAGUGAAAACUUUUUGAAGGCUGAAAUUGAUAAACUCAAGGAAGAAAGUAGAGUUUUAAAUUUUAAAUUGGACGGAUUUUCCAAAUUAGAAAGUGAAGCUGCAAGUAACAGAAAACAAUUGGCUGAUGCUGCAUUACGAAUUCAUACUCUUGAAAAUGAAUUAAAACUAGAAAAAGAAAAAAGUAGCUUAGAAGUUGAAAAAAGAAAAAAAUUACAAAAUGAAAUUCAAGCUCAGCAACUAGUCACAUCUCAUGUUUCUCAUCAGUCGUCUCCCAGUACUAGUGUCGGCGUUCCAUCUAUGGAAGAAUCUUCCUUUUGGCCAUCUUUUGCCGAUGACGACAGGAGCUCAAUAACUGAAAGAGCAGGCAGUGUUUACGAUUCUAUGAGACCAUCGUUUAGCAAUACAACGACAAUUUUAGAAAAUUUACAGUCUCAGAUAAAGCUAAAAGAAGGAGAAGCACAACAGCUGCAAUGGGAGUUGUCCAGAAGAGAUCAUGAAAGGGAUCAGUUGACGACGGAAUUAGCUGCUUUAACUGUCAAAGUAGAAGAACAGUCAGCUUCACUGACGGAAUUGUUAGACUUGCAAAAGAGGUACGAUGCACUGUUACAGUUAUAUGGUGAAAAACUUGAGGAAUGUGACGAGUUGAAAUUAGAUCUCCAAGAUGUGAAAGACAUGUAUAAAGCACAGAUUGAUGAACUGCUCAAAAGAGAUAAAACCGGGUAAUCUUUUACAUAUUACCAAUAAAAUGGUUCAUCGUUAUGAGCUAAUAUUAUAAAAGGCUACUAUAGUAUUUAUAUUUCGGCUUUAUUUGCAAGUUAUAAAAAAAAAAGACAAAUUUACUCAAAAUACUACUAUUAUUAUUAUUCCAAAUUAUAUUUACCACCUUGUCAUUGUUUAUUUUGUUAUCUGUUGGUUAUUAUUUUAUUGUAAAAAUAUUUUAAGAUUUAUUUGUUUGUUUAAGCGUACACAUUUUUUUAGUGCAAUUUACUCCUAUUAAUAUUCUGUAUGUU